AUGGACGCAGUUUUUAGAGGCGACAUUGGCAAGACAGUCGAGGUAUACAUGGAUGACCUCGUCAUCAUGAGCCACGAGGAAGACACAAUGCUUGGCAAUAUUCAGCGCACGUUCAACUCUUUGCACAACGUAAACCUGAAACUGAAUCCAACAAAAUGCUCUUUGGGCAUGGAGGAGGGAAAAUUUUUGGGCUUUAUAGUCACAAGAGAUGGGUUUAAAGUGAAUCCAGAAAAAGUCCAGGCCAUUCAGCUAAUGCCAUCACCCGCAACGAUUAAAGAAAUGCAAAGACUCGCCGGGCGCUUAGCGGCCUUGAACAGAUUCUUGGCUAAUCAUGCGGCAAAGUCUUACCCAUUCAUCAGCACGCUGCGAAAUUGUGCAAAGAAAACCGACUUUCAGUGGACACCCGAAGCGGAAGCAGCAUUCAAACAAAUUAAAGAAUAUUUAAUUCAGCUGCCAAUGCUAACUGCGCCUAAAGAAAAAGAACCAUUGAUUUUAUACCUAUCCGCGGCGGAAGUAGCGGUAGGUGCAGUAUUGAUGGUAGAGCGAGAAAACAUUCAGACUCCAAUUUACUAUAUAAUUCUCACCAAUUAUCAUUUAGGCCAAAUCUUAGCCAAGCCUGAUGUGGCGGGAAGGAUGGCUAAAUGGGCCAUUGAGCUGGGGGGUUAUAAUAUCUUGUAUAGACCAAGACCAGCAAUUAAAGGGCAAGUUCUAGCAGACCUUGCCACAGAAGUUCCCAUUGACAAAGUUCAAGAGUGCGAGGCGAUCCAGAACCCUAUUCCUGUUUUCGAUGAUAGGGUAUGGACCCUACACACAGAUGGAGCAGCCAAUGACGACGGAGCCGGCGCAGGCCUUCGAUUAGUCAGUCCCGAUGAUCACGAACUUACAUAUGCUAUACGCUUGGAUUUCCGAAGCACAAACAACGAAGCUGAAUAUGAAGCAUUCUUGGCAGGUCUCCGCUUAUCACUUAAAAUGGGAGCAAAAAACCUUGAAGCCAACGUCGAUUCAAAGCUUGUGGCCGAGCAAGUUAAUGGCCAUCAUGAUGCUAAAAGAGAAGCUAUGGCAUUAUACCUUGAACAAGCUCGGGCAUUGAUCAGCCAAUUCCAGACAUUCAGGGUUAAUCAUAUAAACAGAAGUGAAAACAAACAUGCGGACGCAUUAAGCAAAUUGGCCGCAACUAGCUUCAAACACUUAGCAAAAGAAGUGCGCAUAGAGGUACUGUCCAAUCCCUCUGUUCCUCGCAAAUAA